ACUGAGAUCUUUACAGAGGCGGCAACAGCGAGAAGCAGAAGAGAAAUAUUACAUAUGAAAAUCAAUACCCGAUCUCUCGAAAAGCAGCCGCAGUUAUCCUGUACGUUCCAGGAUCGGCCAGCUUUUCGCAUGUUUCGGGAUUGAUCUUGGCAGCCCUGUUAAGGGUCUUUUUUUAAAUGUUGAACCAAAAUUUUCAGUUAAAAAUGGACAGGCCAGCCGUCAAUGUACUAGAAGACAACAAAGGAAAAGGUGAGGCUCUUAGCAAUGGAAAGAUACCCCGAUGUAAUGAAACUGAAAAGAAAACUGUGGAAAUUAGAGUAAAUACAGACGCGGCAAUCAAGCAGCUUGAAAUUCCCUACAGGAAAGCCGAGGGCUUGGAAAAUUCAUAUUUGUUUGCUGUAAAUAAUAAAGAACAAAUUGAGGUAACUGAAAAAAGAGUCUCACAGGUGCCAGGAAAUCGUGGCUAAACUUGAGACGUUAACCAAAGUAGUCUGGUCCGUUAAGCAAACAAGAAACUUCGAACCUUGCUUGAAAAAGAAACCAAAGAAGCCUAUGACGAUAUGGAAAAGGCUAUACGGAUGCCAUAUGGCUACACGUACUAGAACGAAAACGAAGAAACUUAGGAAUAAAAAGUCACGAAACAUCAACUGUCCUGCUCAGCUGCUGGUUUCAAUACGUACUUUUGUGGCCUCUUCUCGAACAAAACCAACAUUAACACUGUUCGAUAAACGAUUUCCGUGCCUGUUUCAAUUUCGCAAUCAUCACAAUCAUUUAGUGGAUAUUCCGGAAGAAUUGACCACAAAACCGAUGGGGGACGAUCUCCAAGAAGCCAUUUGUAGGCUUUUAAAUAAGGGUCAUUCAUGUGCUUCAGCCUUCCAGACCCUUUAUGUGCUCAAAGCAGAAGAAUACGGUCCGAACUACCAAACGAAAAUUACCGAUAGACAUAAUUUUGCGAGACGCAAUGAUAUUUCAUCAAUAUAUAAAACACACGGUUUCAAAGAAAAAUAUCAUCGCUACCUCGACUUAUCGUACACUAUAAAGAAUCUAGAGGAAAUGAUGCAUUCAUAUGAAGAAACUAAUGGAACACUAUUUAAAAUUUCGUCAAAGGACGAUUCUAUUUCCAUCUGUUUAUCCACGCCCUUAAUGCAGAGGAAUGUUCAACAAAUGUCGGAAGUGCUGUACAUUGAACCGUCCAAUGAUGAAUUCAAAGAGUUCAGAAUCUACUUUAUCCUCACUGAAACUAGUGUUGGAGCCCUACCAAUCAGUUGCAUUUUAACGAAUAAACAUGAUAUGCCAGCCUUCAGCGAAGGAAUGAAAUUAUUCUUUGAAAUUAUACAAAUUCAGCCAGUUGCUGUGUUAAGUAACGCAACCAUUAUAGCGGAAUUGGUCAGUCAGAAGUAUUUUCCCAACUCAAAGAAAUUGCUUACUUUUUACCACACGGUCAGUGCGGCUUGGAAGGUUUUAUAUGAAACUAGACAUGAAUUACCUCGAAUAAAAAAAGAAUCCUAUUAUCAUCUGUUUAGAGAGAUCGUUUUUGCAAGCAGCGAAAAAGGACUAAUGAUAGCACGACAGGUUUUGGCGGUGGAAUGUACUCAUCCAAAGUUUCUAAGCUUUAUAGACAAAAUGUACGAAAAUAUCCCAUUGUGGUGUAUGUAUUACAGGCAAUUUAUGAGUUUGAAUGGCGUUAGCCCUUUCGACUACAAUAAAACAGAAAUAUCGUUUAUGAUAUUUAGGCUAAUUUCCAAAAUAGCACUGGAAAGAACAAAGCUGUUCAAUAUAAAUCAAAUAACUGAUUUCAUUUGCUCCGCAUUUGAGAAGUUCUACAAAAAUAGAAUUCUCGAAAUGGUCUUCGGGAAAACCAGUCCAGUGCUGGAAGAAAAAUACGGCCGAAUUGGAGAAAUUGAUCCGCCGCAAAUGGAAGAUAUCGGUCACCAUUUAUACUUGUUCACCAAAUCUAUACCGGAAUUAUCGGAUGAAUAUUAUCAGGUAGAUAUGCUAACGGAUCUUUGCACGUGUGGCAUUGGGUCGAUUGGCAAGCAUUGCGACCAUGUGGCAGAAACCCUGUCUAAGUGUAAAGUAUUUUCUCCAGAACUGACGCUGAAUGAAAAAGCUACAUUCUAUGGCAUCGCUACCGGAAAACUCAUUAAUCAAAACGAAUUUUCCGGCGCUCACAACUUAACUUUACUUGAAGAGCGAGCGUUCUGUUCCAGUCCAGCAACAAUUGUGGGCUCAACAGAAUUGGAUUUACAUCAGAAUGAAAUUAGUGGUAAUUGGAGUUAUAGAAUCAUCGAAGAGGUCGAAAAUACUAAAAAGCAGUGGAUGUUAUACUCAAACAAGAUUUCACAGCUGAUUGAAAAAGAUCCUGCUAAAUUUGUGCCUGCUGUUAAUACCCAUUUGAAUAAUAUUGAAAAAUACUCUACAUCUUUACCCAUGCUCCUUGAAGGACUAUACGCGGGAUUUCCUACCCAGAACGUAUCAGCAGCCAGAACGGAUCAACCACCUCCCUUAACAAUCAUCAAUGGUAAAAACAAUACAGCUGCUGGCAAAGUGAAAAAAGUUUAUCAGAAAUCGGCAAGAGUCGAUAAUAAAACUCCCCCAUCAGUUAAGAAAAACAGCGAAAAAAUUAAAAUCCAUCAGCAGUUGUUCCGGCAAGCCGGUGUACGACCAAAAAAUAAUAAUUCUGAAAGAGAAGGUGCAAUUGUUAAACAUCAAGUGCCAGUAGAGUCGAAUUUGGAGCUAAUUUGGGAGAAUAUCAACGAACCCCCCACUUCCGGCUUUUCGAUGGAACAAAUUCAUCACAACAGGAGCCUUCAAUACAAUUUGCCAGUUUUGGAAGGAAAUGUAGAUUUUCUAGAGGAGCAAUUACAGGAUGGAGAAGAGGAAAUCGACGAAUCCAUGAUUCUAGAACAGUUCUCCAAUCUCGACUUCGAACUGAAUCCUGAACCAAUUCGCAAUCCUAUAAGGAAUGAGUCUUCCAGUGUAUUUGACUUAGAAAACACGGUUUAUAUAGAUGAAAGCGCUCUGAGACAUUUAGCUAGAAAUGAAUUAACGAUUAUCGACGAAAAUCAAGAAAUCCUCAUACUUCCUUUAGAAACAGAUUACUCACUCAACUGCUGUUUUUAGUAAUGGAAAAUGUAAUAUAAUUGAUAAAAACCUUGAUGCGCU